GAUGCACUUAUCAGUUCAAGACGGUGGGACAAAUUCAUGAGCAAAACACUUGAAAAGCUUGAGCCACCCGAAUGAAAAUAACAUGUUAAAAAAUACCAAAAAGUCAACCGCCCAAACACUUGCAUUUGAUAGUGGUUUGGAUUUAUGUUGAAACACAAACCAAUUAGAUCUACGAUGUGACUUUAUUCAAUCAUUCAAGUGUUUGGGCACUUGAAUAAAAAGUGUGGCAUAUUUUCAGUGGAGCAUCCGAAUACACUCAGCCAAAAUAUUGUGCGUUCAGUUCCUAGCUGGACUCGGUCACUGGAAACGACCGGCGACUCAGUGACCGACGAAAUAGGCGGCGGGCCAGAUGCGGGCAUAAAAAUGUCAAAAUCUCUUCCCCCCUCACUUCGUCUCACCAUCCAGCUGCAGCUUUGUUGACAAACAAACGGAGCACGCGGUCGCAUGAUGGCGGCAUCAAGCCAGAAUUAGGGGUGAUCAUGUGAUUAAAAAUGAAAGUUUUUUCAAGAAAAAUAAUAUUUUUCCGACCGAAUAAAAAAAUGGCGAACAUGUUCAAACAAUUAUUCCUGAGGUCGGAGAAGUGAUGAAAAAGCAAAAUUAUAAUCCAUGAUUUUUCUAUAAAUUGAAUUUUUUUCACUCUAACUAGGAACCCCUAGGUCUAUCCACGACCGUUUCCAAUGACCGUGAGAAGAUGCCAGAAAAUCCAGCUACGAGCUAAAUCCACAAUAUCUUUUGAAAUUCAUAUGGCAAACCAUAUAUACGUCGAAAACAUUCUCAUUUUUACAUUUCAUAUGCUUAACAUAUGGCUUAUGAUUUUAUUUAAUUUAUAAGGUUCACUUAUGACAUUCAUUAAUGCUGCCUAUGUGAAAAAGUCAUAUGGUAAACCAUAUAAACAGUAAAUGUACUAUGGUGGAGCACAUCAAACAAUUGGCAAAGCAGGCUCCAGCAUAUCUCAGUUUUCAGAAAAGAACACCUCGCCUGGAAAUGGACCGGUUGAAAGUUCGUCGGGGAAAAUCUUCUGUUCCCGGGCCGGCGGUCAAGUGGUGUCCGAAAUCGAACGCCUUCCACCGAGGGAAGGUUUUAGUCCGGCGCGGAAGGCAUUACUUGACCAAGCCUUACAAGGAAGUUCACCGGAAGUUUUCUUUACACUUCAGACGGCUCAACCCAUGACCAACCGGAACAGUAUGCAAAUGCGACAGUCAAAUCUGGUGGUGUCAGUGCGUCCACGGCCGCCGGUACCAGUGUCACCCGAGAUAAGCUUCAAGUUUGGGGGAAGAAAGAUCAACAGCAGCAGAGUGCGGAAAAGUAGAUCGUCAAAUCGUCAUCGGAAGCAUCUCAAGCCCCUAAAUCUACUGAGAUCACCUCUUCAGAAACCUGUCUCACGGGGCUGCGGACAGGCAGUCGAUGAAAACGCCGGAAACAGCACCGCUGACAUUGACCGCUCGAUGCCCAACAGCGUGACUACAAAGCCGAUGAAGGUUGAAGGUCUGCGAAGGCGGUCCUCCGGCGCGGAACGCAUCACCCGCUAGGAAGACAACUUUGGCCACGAAGUUCAGUCUUCACUUCUGCAAGUCGCGGCGGGCGUUUCCGGAACGCUGACCGGCCGUAAAUAAGAAUCUCCUGAAGAAAGCUGUUAAGACGACGAAUAUAAUAUAAUUUGAUUGAAAUAAAUUUUGAAUAUCUGGCUAAUUAAAUUUUGUAGCAUUUAAAAG